GAUUUGUUCCACCAAUAGCGAAGAAGCUCAGAUUGCCGCCAUCUUUGGUCGGGAAGUACUCCUGACGAGGGGAAAAAUUUGAAAUCCUUCAAGAAAUCGCAAAGUUUGGGCGCCGUUUGGAGAGUAAUUUGUCAGCGCGAGAGCUGACGGUACCUCCCAAGAACAGCAUGGCGACCUCCGGUGCUGGGAAGGCUCGUAGCCGGCGGUCACACGCGCCGAAGCCAUACGCAAGAUCCGGCGGGAGAAAGUCCAUAUUAAGCAGUGUGACGGAGUACCUGACGCCAUCAUGGCUGAAAGGUAUGUGGAGACAGGAUGAGAGUGGUGCACAGCCCACCACACUGACAGAGAGGCCGAACACAAGAGGAAAACCUGCCCAUGUUCCUGUGGUGCAUGUGCGGGAAGAUCAGAAUGGACUGGACGAAGAGGAGGAGGAGGAAGAGACAGAGGUACCUCCAGUUCGUGUCACAAAAAAUAGACUGACGCAUCACCAGGAUCCAUCUGUACAAGGUUCUGAUGAUGCUCGUCACGGGCCUGGAUACUUCAGUCAGAUCCCACUGACACGGGGGUCAAUCCAUGCACAGAGGCCACAGUCUUUACCAGCUACUUCAUCCUACACCACAACAUACACACGGGAGGCACCAUCUAAUCCAGGCUUACACGCUGCUGAGGAAGAUAAGUUCUCAGAAGACUCUGCCUCCACCAGUGUCAGCUUCUCCAACGUCCCACAAGUGGACCAGAGUGAGAGAAGGAGUGAAACAACAACAGAAGAGGUUGUUAGAGACAUAGCCAGACCAAAGUCUCUGUGGUCAGAAGAACGUGAGACCAGAAUGUCAGUGCCCCAACAACCUGCACGAUCUGCCAGGAGGCCGGCUUUCAACUACUCUGUCUUCGGCUCCCCGGCACUGAAUGACUCCUCAUCCCUGUUUGGGAGCCCCAUCACUGAGUCUCCUUUCUACGAGGGGAGGACGACCUAUGGAGGAGCAUCUGCACAAAAACAUGGCCAGAAACGUGGCAGGACGGUCUCACCCCUGCAGGUCGCGCCCCACACCAUGAGACAGCAGGUGCGCCCGAAGCCCGCCAGCAGCAGCCGCGGGUCUGGGGUCAUGUCUGUCACAGCACAGAGGAUUCUCCACACCCUGGAGAGGAUGUCAACACCCAUCUCUGAUGCCAAGAGGAUUCCCUCACUCACUCUGUCCACGGACGAGUCACCGCUGGGUUUUACGCCCUCCACUAAAAAGCGCAGGGUGAUGGGUGGCAGUUUCCUUGAACCAGGCACCUCGAGGUUGGAGGGUCGUCUUGCAGGACAGCCCCCGGUGCAGAGACUAAACCUGUCCACACCUGCCUCCAUAGCUACCAACAGGGCACAGACUCAUUCUACUUACAGGCCCAGGAAAUCUGCAGUACUGGCUAAAGAGGAAAUUUUGGUUCCUGACAGCGAACCAGCAACAUCUGUAGCCCGAGACAGGGAACCAUCUCCUCUCAAAGUAAUCAGCAAGCCAGCCAGUAAGCCAGCUGAGUCUCGGCCAGCACCUGUCACCAAGCCCAGCAGCCAGGCUGCCUCCACGUGGACUCCACCUGCCCAGCUGCCUAUUGGUAGUGGGGGCAAGAUUCGCAGGGAGAGAUCAUACGGCACGCAGCGUGCACAUGCUGUGCAGGAUGAGGAAGAGGUUGAGGUACCAGUCCUACCAGAGAUUGCCCUCCCAAUAGCCAGCCUCCCCAAGUUUGACUUCUCUCCUGCGCCAUCCAAACCCCUGAGCGAGGGUUCAAAGGUCAGCACCACCCCACAGGUGAGCAGUGUGACGUCAUCACCCCAGUUCACCUUCGCAUCUCCCAUAGUCAUGUCCAGCCCAGAGGACAGCACCCCAGCAGUUAGCAAUACUGAAACACCCAAAUUCCAGUUCAGCCAGCCUGCAUCUCCAGGCAAGUCCUUCCCCAGUCAGGGGUUGGGCACAUCCUCAGCAGUCUCUGCGGGCAGUUCUACCUUCCUGACGACUGGUGCAGGGUCGGGCUUCCAGCCCAAGCGGAAGGCACCAGAGCCCGUUGUUAGCCCCAGUGCCGCAGCCUCUCCACCACCUCUGAAGCAAGGCAGCGUCCUGGAUGCCCUGAAGGCAGAGCCUCUGCCACUCAAGUCAGGCAGUGUGCUCGAUGCACUGAAAGGAGGGCCACUGGUUAGUAAGCCAGAAACAACAAAAGAAAAACUCGAGGAAAGGAAAACCACUGGGGAGGGAUCUGCUGCAGCUAACACAAAGACUGCAUCAUUACCCUCUCUGGGGGACCAGUUCAAGAAGCCGUCAGGUGGCUGGGACUGUGACACCUGCAUGGUGCAGAACACAGCUGCAGCCAGCCGGUGUGUGGCCUGUGACACCCCCAAGCCUGGGAGCCAGCCUAAGCUAACCGUGCCCACCACUGUUCCCCCUGUCAGUUUUGGUACUGAUGCAGCCCCCAAAACCAAUGGUUUUAAACUGGGCACCACAGCGGAGGGAGGCAGCGCUAACAGUGGAUUUAAGUUUGGAUCUGGAAGCGCUGUGAACUCUACCAGCUCUGGUUUCACGUUUGGGAGUAGUAGUGCUUCUACCGCUGCAUCUGAACAGGACUCCAACACUUUGGGUGGCUUGAAGAAAGGCACCACAGACUUUGUAUCCACUAAUGCUAAUACACAAGAUGCUAGUAAAUCUAUAUGGUCAAAGGCAGCAUCAGGAAAUAAAUGGACCUGUGAUACUUGUCUUGUAGAAAACAAGAACGAGUCAACAAAAUGUGCUGCAUGUGAGUCCCCUAAACCUGGCAGUGAGUCUAAAACAGCUGCAUCUACACCUGCUGUGAACUUUGGGACAUCAAGUGCUUUCAAGUCGACUUCAAGUUCAUCUGGGUCACUGUUAGCAGCAGCUAAUAACGGACAGAAGUGGGAAUGCCAGACUUGUUUAGUGUACAACACCGACGACAAGACUAAAUGUGCAGCAUGUGAAACGCCCAAGCCUGGUAGCCAAAACAAGUCUACCCCAGCAGUCGGUGCAAGUGGGAGUGGUGGUUUUUCCCUAGGUACGAACAGUUCAGGCCUGGCAGCAGCAAUAUCUGCACAGCAGUCCAAAUGGGAGUGUGAAACCUGUAUGGUCCAGAAUGACAAGGAUGCGACAAAAUGCCUCGCCUGUGAAACACCGAAGCCGGGCAGUGCCCAAUCAUCUUCAGGAACAGGGGGGUUCCAGUUUGGCUCCCAGUCAACAUCAACAGGGAAAACGGCCUCCUUUGGAAGCAGUACUGGAGGGUUCCAGUUUGGGGCACCAAAACCUGCCUCAACUGAAACAGCGACAGAUUCCAAACCCACAUUUUCAGGGUUCAAGUUUGGCAGUGGAGGUGCAGAAUCUGCUCCAAGCACCGCCACCAGUGGUGGUCUCCAGUUUGGUGCAGGAACAACUGCAGCCAGCACCACCCCCAGUGGUGGGUUGUCGUUUGGAGCAGGGACGACGACAGCCAGUACUGGCGGGUUCACGUUUGGAGCAGCCAGCUCUGCGUCUGGAGCUGCCACCACGACAUCCAACGCCACAUCGUCAGCCAGCGGAGGCUUCACGUUCGGCACAGGGACGACAUCUGGGGCUGCUGCCUCGGUGCCUGCUGCCACCGGAGGUUUCACAUUCGGGACGGGAAGUUCAGCUGCUGGUGCUGCUGCUUCUGCUGGGUUCAAGUUCGGAGCUGGAACAGCCUCUCAACAGCCUGAUGCAGCUCCCAAGAUGACAAGCAUAGCUGACUUAGCCAAGGCAGGUCAGCUGAGUGUACCCAAACCUGCAGCCGGUCAGUCCACAGCAAAAAGGAGUCUGGAAUCGGACAACAGCACUCCGGCCAAGGUGAACCUGUCUUCUGCCUUCGGCUCUGGCACCCCCUUUGGCUCAGCCAAUCCCAGCACGGCACCAAGUUUUGGAUCCACCACUGGCGCUAACCCUCCAGUGUUUGGAGCUGGUACAUCAGCUGCGCCCAGCUCUGGACUCACCUUUGGUGCACCAGCAGCAGCAGCCUCUGCUACAGGCAGUGCAGCAGCCACCACAUCAGGCUUCACGUUUGGUACUGGCUCGUCCAGCACGGCGGCUAGUACGACUCCUGCACCCUUCAGCUUUGGUGCAGGGGCGCCCCCUGCCGCAACUACAGCUGCCACAGCAUCUGCUCCAUUUGUGUUUGGGGGAGGAGCAUCCUCAGCCCCAGGUGGCUCAACUGGGGGGUUCAACUUCAGUGGAGGACAGACAGCACCCCCUGCUACAACGACCGCCCCCAGUUUUGGCACUCCAGCCUUUGGAGCCAACCCCACCCCAGCAGCAAGCACACCCUUCGCACCAGCCACCACCGCGGUGUCCGGAGGAGCUACUCCGUUCGGGGGAGCCACUAGCUUCGGUGUGCAGACCACCUCAGCACCGAGCAGUGGCCCAGUGUUUGGUGCAAGUGCUGCACAGCCAGCCCCAACUGCUGGUUUUAACUUCAACGCACCCAGCCAGCCCACGUUCCAGUUUGGUGCAGGCUCCCAGCAGAGCCCUGCAGUGUUUAACUUUGGUGCGGCAGCCCCUGCAGCGGCAGCACCUGGUGGGGGGUUCAACUUCGCUGCAGGGGCUGGGACAGCAGCUCCAGCACCGCAGCCUGCUGCUCCUUUUAACUUCAGUGCUGGGGCACAGCCAGGCGGAAACCCCUUCAGUAUCCAGAGUACUCCCAGUGCCUCCCCUGGUGGCAGACGGGUCAUCAAGAAGGCUCAGCGCAGGAAGAGAUGAUCCUCUAGCAGGGGUGUCAGAUCAAGUUCUAUCUAUCAGUCACAUCUGUACUGAACUUACUGUUUAAGCUUAAUCUUCAGUAGGUAGAUUUAAAUUUGCUUAACAAUUCAUGAAAUUAUUGUUGCGGGAGCAGCAAAAUUUUACUCUAUCCAACCUCAGCGAAAGCAAAAGUAUACUGUAUAUGUUAACAAAGGAUUUGGUACAGUAGCUGCUCUCUUGACCAACUUACAAGAGGGACACUAUGGAAAACCCAGUGCAAUUUUGCUGCUUCAAUUCGGUUCAUUGUACAUUUGAUAAAGCCAGAAGUGCCAUGAAUUGGAUGGAUGAACAAUACAAAACAAAUGAUUGGCAUACCAAAAACGUUUUUUAACCUUGAAUAUUUACCUGAAUGCUGUAGAGAAGUCACUUCCAAACAUGUGUAUCAGUGUCUAGUACUAGUUGCUUUAAACUGUAUAUGUGGCGAGUCAUGCAUGAUAUGUAGUGUUAAAUAUUAAGACAAGCUCUUGUACCACAAAAUGGUCACCAUUACUACUCACCAUAGCUCUUAACAGUAAUAGUUAAACAAAAACAAACCUUGAAUGCCUGUCUGACAUUGUCCCAAAUGCAGUAGGCACUGACUGAACAACACAAACUAGAUGUAUCAGUAAUUAUGAAUGAAACUAGUACCACUGACCAUUUUUAUUAACAGGUAUUGUAUUGUAUGCUUCAUCAGUAGUAUAUAUAUACACUUGUAGAGCCUGGUCUGAGGGACCAGGGAGCAUAGAGCAACCUUUUGGAGAAUCCUCUGUAACAGGAAAGAUGCUCAGCACAUACUCUCCUUCAGAGUUGAUAUUGAUAGAUUUUAGUGUUUACUUUUCAAACAUCCCAGUGGAGGGACAAAUCAGAGAACUGUAAUCCAAAACCUUAACUGUGGAAAAGACAUUAUCAAAAAGUGGCAGAUUUAUGAUUUAAAAAAACCUAAAUAUUCAUUGGUUAGUUGGUCCUAAAAUCUCUGGUAUGUUUGACUACAAUGUAGAUGGUAGUGCUUUUAUUCAUUGUGUUCAACCCCUCAACAAUUAGCUGUUCUAUUACUGUCAUAUAGUCUAUUAACUUUAAUAUUUACCCGAUUUGUAAGUAAACAUGACUUUAGACAAUUGUUUGAUCCCACUAAAAGCUGUUACGGUCACUGAGAGUUGACCCGCCCCCUGUAAAUGAUAAGAAAGUAGCAGUGACUUGAUUGUUGGGAUGUUGCAUUGCUUGACUGUAAAAUAUGUACAAUACACAUGCAGACUUGUUCUGAGGGUAAAGAAAAGAAUUCUGAAAUUUCCAAAAGUAACUAUUUUUGUACAAAGAUGUGAAAAUUUUGACGUUUGGAUGCCCCUUUGAGAAACUGUAUGAGUGAAUUCUUGGAGUGAAACUAUGAUUGGUAUGAAAUAUUUGUGUGAGUGAGUCAACUCAGGUGAAGUUAUCUAUAAGAUAUCAGUGUGGAAAAUGGAAUUUUUCACACAACUCAGAACAGGACUGCACCAGGUGCUACAGUGGCAAUUUCUCUUUCGUUAGAUCUGUAGUGUUCUGUAGGUACACGUACUGAUAGGUAGGGUGGACACAGGUAAGCACACGUGGAUGUAAAAUUUGUAUAGAGCAAGGUUGGUUUCAUGAAGUUGAAUUUACAAUUGGUGAAGCAUAUGUUCUGGGUUUGCAUUGCCCAGGUUCAGUAUGUGAGAUCAUCACACUGGAUAGUAGCCAUACAUAGUCUCGGUCUCUAUAACACUCAUCCUAUUAACCAUUUCCCUGCUGAGAUAGGCAUCUGGCACCAAAGGUGCAUUGGUUACAGGGUUAGGCAGCAAGGAAAAGGUUAAAUGGAAUAUGUUCUUUAAACCACUACUUCAGCAGCUAUUAUCCUAUUUCAAUGUUACCAGGUUCUGUACAUGGUAUAUAAUAAUCACCAGCAAACCUUUUUGUACAUCCAAGUAUGAAACCACCCAUGAUGGUGUCUUGAUUGUUAUGAAUAUAUGUUAGACCUAUAUUAUUAUUGUGUAAAGUUCUGUUGCUGAUGGUGGAUCUGAAAAUCAGAUUCUCCUCAGAGCACAGAUUUUAUGUCUAAGAAAUAUGUACCAGCCAUAGUGUAUACUGUAGUGUGGAAACAUAACCAAGCUAACAGUCAUCUGAUGUAUCAUAUCAUAUCAUAAAUGUGCAGCAUUUUCAGUUUUGAUUAGUGACACUGUAAAUUUGAAAGUCUACAGAUAGUCAGAUGGCUGUCAGAUGGGUUAUCUGUUAGGUCAAAUAAAGAGAACCUUGUACUUAAAAUAUUUGGGUUUGCACUAUUGUCAUAAUGUAGUCAAUAAAUUCUGUGAUCCAC